CCCCCUCCCUUUUUCUCUCUUUUCUUUUUGUUGUUUUCUCUCUCGCUCGCUCUCGCGUUGCGCCUGCGCCCCUUCCACCCCGCAGCCGCCGGCCGCUUCCAAUUCGACUCCUCCCCCUCGCCGCCGCGGAAGCCGCCGGGCCGCGCGCCGCCGCCGAUUCCCCGGCGGAUUCGAGAGACUCGUCCGCCGAUCAGAGGAGAGGAGAGGAGGCACCCGCCUCCAGGAGUAGAGGAGGAGGAGGAGGCGGCGUGAAUUUGUUUUUUUUUUCUUUUUUGGUGUGUGUGGGUGUGUGAAUUGCGGUUCGUGUGGUUCGUGUCUAGUGGGUGAGGCACCCCCCCUAGGGUUUGAGGGCGGCCUCGCUAGGGUUUGGGCCCCCCCGCGCGAGGGGAGGGAGGAGGAGGCUGCCCUAGCGGAGGAGGAGGUGGAGGUCGCCCCCUGGUGUUGUGGGGAGGAGGAGGCGGCUGAGGCGGAGGUCGGUGUGGUGUGGUUGUGGUGUCGCAUUGCGGAGGACGAUUGAUUGUGCUGGUGGGCGCUGAUUGGAUCGGAGGGAGGAGGAGGAGCCAUCCCUCUCUCCCCGCCGUUGCUAGGUGGGUAGAUGGUGAGAGGCGCCGGCUGCCAUGGAGCAGGACUUACCGGCGCUCAAGCCGCAAUGGCUGGUGCAGGGCCAGGUCACCACCACGGGAGCCGCCAACCUCUGGACCGUAGCUUCGCCCCGCCCAGGCCCAGAUAACCAAGGUAGGGGUGGUUCAUCAAGGAACCAUUCAUCAUCUGGCCACCACCGUGACCAGAAUUCUAGGACAUCUUCGUCACGGAUUUCCUCAAAUGGGCCCCGUAAACAUGACCGGGACCGGGAUGGUAUGGGAAAGUCGAGGGGUUAUGCAAGUUUUGGUAGAAACAGGGAAAGGGAGCGAGAGAAAGAAUUUGACUCCCGUGACAGAGAGAGUAGGUCCAUUACAGCAGACGGUUUUGGGUCGUUUAGUACAUGUAGACCGGAAAGGGAUAGAUUGAAUCGUUCCCGCUCGAGGACAGAUUCAUGGAAUAAAGGUGUAGUUAGUCCAAAUAAUUGUAAUACCUCUAGAAACAAUACUGGUACUGGUGGCUCCUUUGAACGAGAAUUUCCACAGCUGCCUUUUGAUGACAAGAGGCAAGAUAUCAACAGAGUACCAUCUCCUGCCUCUCCAAUUCAGAGAACUGUUGCACCGGAUCGUUGGAAUUCACUGCUAGCGGAUGUCCCUGGCUCAAGUGAGCCAAAGAAAAACCUGGGUGUAUCUUCUGUAUUACGACCGGCUCCUAGUAAACAGCCUGAGGCAGCGCCGAACAGCGGGAUCUCAUUGAGCAUGGCGGAGACUGUGAUGCAAGUUCCUUUGUCAGUUGGGCCUCAGUUAUCGAUGGAAGCCCAAAAGAUGGAAGAAAUCAGUUUAAGACAGAACACUCUAAGGCCUAUGACAUCUCCAGCAAUCAAAUCUUCAGUAACAAAUUCUUCAAAAACAAAAGGUGUGAGAAAUGGAGAUCCUUCUGGUCCCAUCAAGGCACAUCAAUCAUUAAUACCGUCCACAAAUGGCUCUGCUCGAGCUCCAGUUAAAACUGAUCUUUCAAAGGUAUCUCACGCAGGAAAUCUAAAAAUCCUCACCCGAGAGCAAAACUGUACUAUACACACUGCCAAAGACUGUCCUGACAAUCCUAUGAGUCCUCCUCCAGCUCCUGUUGCUUCAGUGGAACCACUGAAAAAGCCAUGUGUUAGCCAAAAGCUUAAGGUUGCCACCCAUGACAUUCCUCUCUCUAUACUGCAAAGUGCUUAUGUAGAUAAAAAAUUAAAUGCAAGAGAUAAGCAUAGAUUCUUUGAGUCGUUGAGGAUCAAGUCUUCAAAUGGUUCAAGCUCAACUGCUGAGUCAGGUUGUCCAUCACCAUCCAGUGUAGCUGAUGUGAAACAAGAUUCUUGUCUUAAUGUUGGAAAAGAUGUAUCCUUGUAUCAUUCUGGAAAAGAUAUAUCCUUAUAUCAUUCUGGAACAAAAUGUAUGGGAAAUGGAAAGUGUUCCUGUGAAGAAGCAAAUUCUUCUGAUGGAUCUCAGAGGCAUCUGUCUGAUAAUGAGAACAAUUCAUCCUUGGAUCACACUGCAGAUGGGGUUUCUCAGAAUCUUCUAGUAGAAAGCAGGUCCAUCUCAUCAUCUGAACCUUCUGAUAGGGGAGAUGAAUUCCGGGUGUUCCUAUCAAACAAUACCGAAGGCAGUUCAUCAUCAGCACCUGCUGAUUCAGAUGAUGGGUACAAGAGAUCCCAGUCUGGCAGUGAGGAAGCUAGUUCAUCCUCAGAGACUACCGAACCAGGAGAUGAGGAGCAUCCAGCUGAGGAUAGUCUUCCUGCUGAUUUUGUGGCUUUCAUGAUAUCUCUCGGCUGGGAAAAAGACAAAAAGGUGGAACCUUUGGGACUGGAAGAGAUUGCUGUCACUGUGAGGGCUAAUGAGGAGCUAGAGCAGAAACUUUUGUCCAUGGAAGACAAUGCCAACAUCAAGAUCGUUCUCCUGUAUAUCUAUUCGGGCAGAGGGCUGGAUAAGGAGCUGAUGAAGCCUAACGCAGGGGAUAAAAACAAUGCUUGAAGAACGCAGGUGCUAGGGAGUAAGGCCACAGUAGCUAUCUGCAAAAAAAUGCAUUGCCAAUCACACAUCAGUGAGCAAUUGGGCGUUGGUUUUGUUUGGAUGCUGAGAAGACAGGUAGCAAAGGGAGUCUUGGCCUGAAUUUUGUCUUAGAUUAACAAGUCAAGAUUAUUUUUUUUCCUCUAUUGACGCUUGUCCAGCAAUUUGGGGAGGUGGGGGUUCACUGGUAGCUCUGACAAUUUUUUGCUUGAUAAAACAGAGGAAGUUUAGGAUUUGUCGUCUUUUUCCCAGGAAUACCAAAAUGUAAGUCCGGUUAUUGGAGGCGCAUGGCUGUGCUGUCCUUUAAAAAGAAUAGGUUCAAGUUUUCCCCCUUCUCAGGGCUUAUCUUUGUUUUGGAAAAAGAUAAGAUGGGUUUUUAACAUGAGGAAAGGUGAAUAGUUAUAUUGGUCUCAAAAGGUCUGUCUCCUUUUGUGUCUCUCGUUCGUUUACUGUGGUGUGUUUAGUUGUUGUUUCUCGGUGUUCCCUUCAUAAGAUAAUCUUCAGGGAGA